UGUUACUAAUACAAGGAAGUGAGGAAAAGUUCUCCGUUAAUCUACUUACAAACUAUUUGGUUUAGUAGGUCAGAAGCCAAGUUGCUCGCCAGACAUCAACAGUGGAUACCAUCCGCCGGUAAAGAAGAAGAAGACAUCAACAGUACGCUAAAACAUACUGAAAGCCAGAGUGAAGCAGGCGUUUUGUUUAGAGACUGUUCUCGCAGACUGACGGUCACUCACGCUCUGCUGGGUGCUUUCAUUGACACGACUGGUGCACUGAUCAGUUAAGCGACUUUGUUAUUCAGUUUUAAUUUGAAAUAAGCAAAAAGUCAGUGCCACAGUUCGGAUAGCGGACAAGAUGAAGAUGAUGAUAUUCUUCAUCGUGGGACUCACUGUCCACAUAGUCUUCUUUCUCUCAAUAUUUGACAUCUAUUUCACGUCCCCUCUUGUCCAUGGAAUGACACCACAACGUGUCCCUCUGGCCCCUCCGGCCAAGCGCCUGGUGCUCUUUGUGGCAGAUGGUCUGAGAGCCGACAGUCUUUUUGACAACAGGACAGGCAGGGCUCCUUACCUAAGGAGUGUGAUUGAGAAGAGCGGCACAUGGGGGGUGUCUCACACGCGAGUCCCUACGGAAUCAAGGCCAGGUCACGUGGCUUUAAUAGCGGGCUUUUAUGAGGAUGUUAGUGCUGUUGCCAAGGGCUGGAAGGAGAAUCCGGUGGAGUUUGAUUCUGUUUUUAAUGAGAGCAGACAUACCUGGUGUUGGGGAAGCCCUGACAUAUUACCGAUGUUUGCUAAAGGAGCCACUGGAGACCAUGUGUACACUUACACUUACCCUUCAGAGCGGGAGGACUUCGCCUCCACUGAUGCAUCCAGACUUGAUACAUGGGUAUUUGAUGAAGUGAAGGAUUUUCUCAAUGUUGCCAAAAGCAAUGAAACUCUACUGAAUAUGUUACAUGAAGAACAGAAUGUGUUUUUCCUCCAUCUUUUGGGGAUAGACACCAAUGGCCAUGCCCACCGGCCCAUGUCAAAGGAAUAUCUAGAGAACAUUGGCCUUGUUGAUUCUGGUGUCGCUGAAAUUGUCAGUGUGAUGGACGACUUUUAUGGGCAUGAUGGAAAAACGGCUUAUAUUUUUACAUCCGACCAUGGCAUGACAAAUUGGGGAUCUCACGGUGCGGGACACCCAUCAGAGACGCUGACCCCACUGGUAGCAUGGGGCGCUGGCGUUCAGACAGCACAUAGAGAGGACUCUCACAAAUAUGAUGAUAAUUAUUUAAAAGAAUGGGGGUUGGAAACAUUAAGGAGAGCGGAUGUCAAUCAGGCUGAUAUUGCUCCACUUAUGUCAUCUCUUAUAGGAGUUCCCUUUCCUGUGAACUCAGUGGGUGUCUUACCGCUGAAUUACCUGAAUAACAGCCAACACUUUAAGGCUGAGAGUAUAUAUGCAAAUGCAAUUCAGAUCUUGGAGCAAUUCAGGGUAAAAAUGGCACAGAAGAAAGAAACAACAUUAUCCUUUCUGUUUACACCCUACCAGCCUCUGACUGACUCUAAACAGAUGGAUUUUGUGCGUAAUGCAAGAAAUUUGAUCCAGAAAGGGCAGUUUGAUGAAGCAAUCAGUUAUUGUAAAGAUUUGACAGUUCAGGCCAUGGAGGGCUUGUCAUAUUAUCACACGUAUGACCGACUAUUCCUUGGCAGCAGUGUGGUUCUGGGUUUUAUUGGUUGGACCUCUUAUGUGGUUUUGUUCAUCCUGAAGACACAUGCUAGUCUACGCAAACCUCCAACUUACUUACACAUGGUAACAGAAAGGAGUCUGGGCCAGAUAUUUCUAUCUAUAGGUCUGCUUGUGGCUCUGUUCUUGAUGGUCCAGUCCAGUCCUUGGACAUACUACAUCUACUGCUUGCUCCCUGUGGCCGUGUGGUUUUCUGUCAUGAGGGAAUUUGAAACUCUUGCCAGUCUGAUUCGAUCAGUACCCUCAUUACCGCUCAGCAAAUGCUUUGGAUAUUUUUUACUGGUUACAUUUGGAAUUGAGUUACUAGUUGUGAGUUUUUUCUAUCGGGCCAUGUUGACCUUGGGGCUGAUCGUGCUGGCACUCUGGCCUGUGCUUUCUGGCCUUUACACUAAAGCAAAAUUCAGGUCAUUGAACUGGAUGUUGAGCUGUCUCUUUCUGGCUGUGUUUCCACUGUUGCCCGUCGUGGGACGGGAACCAAACGUUAACUAUGUAAUUUGCGCUGGAGUGCUGACCCUCUUCAGCUCGUCCUCAUACCUCUGGUCAUCAUGGAGAUGCUCUCCUCUGAUCCGAAGGGAUCGUCAGCUGUUCAUCUGCCAGAUGAUGCAGGUGGUGCUGUGUGCUUACAUCCCGACCAGCACACACUCCAGUCUGCAGCUGAAGCAAGGCUUGCCACUCUUCAACCAGCUUGUUAGUUGGCUCACACUAGUUUCCUCAUUUUUGAUACCAUUGUUGAGUUCCACCAGGCUCUUUCACAGACUUCUGAGUAUCCUGAUGUCCUUAGUUUGUGUCUACCUCCUCCUGAGCACAGGGUAUGAGGCUCUUUUUCCACCGGUGCUGUCAUGGCUCAUGUUUGCAUGGAUAAACAUAGAACAGGAAACCAUGAACACACAAGGGACUUCAAAUCGGACUGAGCUGUCCAGCACUGAUUUUGCUGAAAACAUUGACAUUGCCAAGAUCAGGCAGCUGAGGCUGGAUGACAUUCGGAGAUCUUACUUCUUUGUGUUUUUCAUUAUAAUUGCAUUCUUUGGCUGUGGUAACAUUGCCUCAAUUAAUAGUUUUGAUCCAUCCUCCGUUUACUGCUUUCUGACUGUCUUCAAUCCUUUCAUUAUGGGCGGCCUGCUGAUGUGGAAGGUGUUAAUUCCAUUUGUUAUUGUGAUGUGCACAUUCGAAAGCAUUCAAGUGUCAACACAGCUCUCAUCACGAAGCCUUUUCCUCGUUGUGCUUGUCAUCUCAGACUUGAUGGCGUUGCACUUCUUUUUCUUAGUAAAAGAUCACGGAAGCUGGCUUGACAUUGGCACUAGUAUUAGUCACUAUGUCAUCGUAAUGUCCAUGACCAUCUUCCUCAUGUUGCUGAGCAUCAUGACCCACAUUUUAACCUCCAAGAGAAUCCUCAUCGGAUGGAAACGAAAGAUGCACUUUAGGUGACGACCUAGUACCGGGACCUCCCUGCUAAUGUUUAAGGUGCAAAAAACAAGCACUCCGUAGUACAUUAACAUGACGGAUGUUAAGCGUAGAGUCUUCCUGUUUCUAGGUAUUUCUCAACAUCAAUGUUACUUAACACUUAUGACUCUGCAUCUUAUAAUAGGAAGACUCGGUAUGGUAUAACUAAUAAAGAAAGGGGUCUGCUGUUAAUACAUACAGCAGAUUUACAGGUGUUUUAGUUCUGGGACCUAAGGGGAAAAAAGGCCACAAGUCUGAUUUAGGUUGAAGGGAAUGUACUUGAUUAUGUCUCUGUUUAUGUACUGUAUGAGUUAUGCCAAAGGUGAGGAAUGUUACUGUACUUAUUUCAGCUGAUUUUAACUGGGAUCUAAAUCUAAGAUGGUGUUACGGUAAAUGUGUAGUUUUAUAAUACUGUGUUUUAAUAUUAUGUAAAUAUCUCAAAUUAUUUAUUUACAAUAAACCUUUACAUUAAGUGUCA